AUGAAACCAAACAGCAUUCUUGGUUUAUCUCACGGGUUUCUCCUUGGACAUCUGCAAUCACAUGGCCUUGAUUUCCCUAAGAACAUCAGCGUGGUUGCUGUAUGCCCCAAGGGAAUGGGUCCAUCAGUUCGGAGACUGUAUGUUCAGGGCAAGGAAGUAAAUGGUGCUGGCAUCAACGCUAGCUUUGCUGUUCACCAGGAUGUUGAUGGAAGGGCCACUGAUGUUGCUCUUGGGUGGUCGGUUGCACUAGGAUCCCCGUUCACCUUUGCUACCACUCUAGAACAGGAGUACAAGAGUGAUAUCUUUGGGGAGCGAGGAAUUUUGCUGGGUGCUGUUCAUGGCAUCGUGGAGGCUCUGUUUAGGAGAUACACAGAGCAAGGAAUGGACGAGGAGCUGGCAUACAAAAGCACUGUGGAGGGCAUCACUGGAAUUAUCUCCAAGACCAUCUCAAAGAAGGGGAUGCUUGAAGUAUACAACUCCUUGAGCGAGGAAGGCAAAAAGGAGUUCAACAAGGCAUACAGUGCAUCAUUUUACCCUUGCAUGGACAUACUCUACGAAUGCUACGAAGAUGUUGCCUCUGGAAGUGAAAUCCGGAGUGUUGUGUUGGCUGGUCGGAGGUUCUAUGACAAGGAAGGCCUUCCUGCUUUCCCUAUGGGCAAAAUCGACCAAACUCGGAUGUGGAAGGUUGGCGAAAAGGUGCGCUCGACCCGGCCAGAUGGUGACCUUGGCCCUCUCCACCCCUUCACGGCUGGAGUUUAUGUUGCACUUAUGAUGGCCCAGGUCAGGCUCCUCUCCACUCAGUUACAUAUUAUACCAGUACACUAG